AUGGCAGAGUACGUCGCCUUAGGACACGCCAGGGAGAUUUCAAGAGCCGAGGCGGACGCCACUCCACCAGGAAAGUUCUUUUAUCUUCCCCAUCAUGGCGUAGUAAACCCACAAAAGCCGGACAAGGUGAGGACAGUAUUCGACGCAUCAGCAAGAUUUAACAAAGUUUCCCUUAACGAUCGGCUGCUCAAAGGGCCUGACCUGCUGACUAGCCUUGUAGGUCUAUUGAUGCGCUUCCGACGAGCUAAAUUUCCAGUGACGGCAGAUAUUGAAAAAAUGUUCCACCAAGUGAAGGUUUCUCCCGGUGAUCGGCCAGCCUUAAGAUAUCUGUGGAGAGAACCUGGAUCGCUGGAACAGCCAAAAAUUAUGGAAAUGCAAGUGCAGAUAUUUGGCGCCGUCUCGUCACCCACCAUCUGUUCAUACGCAUUACGGCGCACCGGAGCAGAUAAUGAAGAAGACUUUCCAGGAGUCACCAACAGGAUCAUUAACUAUUUCUACGUCGACAAUUACAUGGAGUCAUUCGACGAUCAAGCCGAAGCCAUGUAUGUCAGUAAGCAACUCAGAGAAUGCCUCCUUCGCGGAGGGUUUAAACUCACCCAAUGGGCCUCCGCCGACAAAAAGAUCCUCUCUGCACUACCAGACCCGCUGUUAUCAAAACCUACUCUUAAUUUGGACAUGGACGACCUUCCGACGGAGAGAACCCUUGGUCUCACCUGGAACUGUCAAAGCGACGCAUUCGAGCUCCAAGUGAAGGUUCCAACAAUAGGAACAACUAAAAGAGACUUAUUACGUUCAGCAGCCAGCGUUUUCGAUCCGUUGGGCUUCCUAGCUCCGGUUAUGUUUAUAUCAAAGCAGCUGCUACGAGACGCCUGGGAAACAUCAACAACAUGGGACGAAAUUCUGGAUCGUAGUAUCAUAAUCCGUUGGGAAGAAUGGAAUUUAUCACUUGAAUCCCUGAGUCAAAUCAACCUUCAACGCUGCUACAAGUCUACCAAUGAAAAACCGACUGCCAUCGAACUUCAUGCAUUUUCCGACGCUUCGGAAAAGGGUUACGGAGCUGUGGUCUAUAUUAGGACUCAAUUUCGAAGUAGAAUCGAGGUAGCCUUUGUCAUUGCCAAGUCCAGGAUCUCCCCCAAAAAACCAAUUACCAUCCCACCGCUCGAGCUGAACGGCGCCCUUGUGGCAUAUCGAUUGAUUGACACCGUGAAGGCCGAGCUCGACGCUACGAUCAACAAUGUAACUAUUCGGACCGACUCAACUACCGUCUUGAGAUGGUUAACUUCAGAACACUGCCGCUACCACUCCUACGUCGCCAACAGAGUAGGAGAGAUGUUGGAACCAAAAAACGCUAACGACUGGCGAUACGUUCCUAGUAAAGAAAAUCCCGCCGAUGAUUGCUGUAGGGGAGUUUCGCCGAAACAAAUGACGGACCAACACCGCUGGUUCCAGGGACCAGACUUCCUAAAAAAACCACGAGAAAACUGGCCCACAUUCCCUAUUGAUCCCUACGUAGCCUCUGCAAACGAGUUGGAUCCGGAAGUCAAGAAAGACGAUAAUGUUGACCCUCGAAUCUGGGUCGGCCUGUCAGGAGAAGCCGAAACCAAUCGGUUCGAAACCCUAAUGGAAAGAAGAUCCUCAGUCGAUUUAAUCGUCCGAACCACCGCCUACAUUCAACGGCUCUUCAACAUGUUUCACAAAACCAGACACGAAAAAACUAAUAAUCAUCCUCCCUCCACUGAACUGUCUACACAGGAAAUCUCAGCAGCAAAGCAAUUUCUUGUAAAGCUAUCCCAGCAGGCUCACUUUUCUCAAGAAAUCAAUUGCAUUAUGGAUCGGCGUCCCAUUCAACCAGACUCAAAACUCGCGCAGCUGUCGCCUUUCCUAGACCACGACGGAAUUCUUCGUGUCGGUGGGCGAAUCCAAAGGGCAGAAGCUCCGUAUUCAGUAGAUCAACAAUUAAAUCCAUCAUCAGUCCCUGCCUACAUGGCCGCGCUACCUGCCUGCCGCCUCAAGGCCCACAAUCCCGUAUUUACACAUACAGGAGUCGACAUGUUCGGCCCCUUAAUUGUAAAAAUGUUUCGACGUCAACUUAAACGUUAUGGCAUCAUAUUUACUUGCAUGACGACUCGCGCGGUUCAUCUCGAAAUGGUGGAGUCUAUGGAGAUGGAAUCUUUCCUACGAGCCUACAGUCGAUUCGUAGUUCACAAAGGCAAACCAACCCACUGUUACAGUGAUAACGAAACAAAUUUUACAUCGGCCGCGAAAGAAAUUAGCGACGUAAUAGCAAGUUGGAAUAAGGCGGAAUUCAUCAGUAAGGAGGCCACGAAGCAGACAACCUGGCAUUUCAACCCUUCUUAUGCCCCCCACUUCGGAGGCGCGUGGGAGAGGCUCAUCCGCUCAGCUAAAACCGCCCUUGCCGCCGUCUUGCACGGGCAAACAACCACAGACGAAGUAUUGAGGACCGCACUCACUUUAGUCCAAGGCCUACUUAAUAGCAGACCGUUAACGCAUGUUAGCGUUGACCCACACGAUCCAGAGGCCAGGUACCACUUGUUAAUUGGAAGAGCCAAUCCAUAUGUGCCACUGAACAUCGUCGACGAGCGUGACGUUAACUGUCGUCAGCGCUACAGAGCGGCACUUGCCUUGGCCAAACAGUUUUGGCAUCGCUGGCUCCGGGAAUAUCUCCCGCGCCAGAUUGAACGACGGAAAUGGCUGGAACACAGGCGAAACAUCAAGAUCGGCGAUAUCGUCAUUGUGGUUGAUUCCAAAUCAGCGGAAGGGCAUUGGCCACUGGGAAAAAUUACGCAAGUUUUUACAGGUACUGAUGGAAUUGUGCGCUCGGCGAUAGUGGCCACUCAACAUGGAGAGUACCACAAGGCGGUCGUGAAACUAUGUCUCCUGGAAGAAGAAGAAAAGCGGAAUGUUUUCUCUUCAGAAAACAGGGUCGGCCGUGUUCAAGAUGCAUCAUAA